AACGUAGAGCAGUGCUGUGUCUGUGAUCGUCUCAUUGAGGGCGCAGGAGGUGCAGGGUGUUAUUUCAUGGAUCUGGUUUUUGUGCGGACGCGCGUUCAGAGUGCGCUCCUCCUGCUCCUGCUGCUCCUGCUGCUGCGGAAGCAACAAUUUAUUUUUGGCAUCUGACAUUAAAGCUCACCCUUUGCGAUGGCAGCGGCCCCACGAAGCCGGCACAGCACCGAGUGUUGACUGGACCUCUUUGUUCGUCCUCUACUGAGUGAUAAUGAUGGACCCCCUUUUAUAACGGGGACUGAGCAGCACGGGACGCGGCAACCUGUUGUGAGCUGAAAGAGGAAGAGCAGUUCUGAAGCCUUGGUGGUGAACAAGCAUCGCAGCCCUCAUGACCAAAGAGGAGGAGAUCCCUGACUGGGUGGGAGCCCAGGAGUUCUACGACAAGUAUGAGCCCAAGGAGAUUCUGGGAAGGGGAGUGAGCAGUGUGGUGCGCCGCUGCGUCGACAAACGGACGUCUCAGGAGUACGCGGUGAAGAUCAUCGAUAUCACCCCCUCAGACAAGAUGACUCCGCAGGAGAUCGAGGAGAUCAGAGAGGCGACAGUGAAGGAGAUCGACAUCCUCAAGAAAGUCUACGGACAGGACAACAUUAUACAGCUCAAAGACUGCUUUGAGUCCAAAGCCUUCUUCUUCCUGAUUUUUGACCUGAUGAAGAGGGGGGAACUUUUUGACUACCUCACAGAGAAAGUUACUCUGAGUGAGAAGGAAACCAGGAAGAUCAUGCGUGCUCUGUUGGAGGUGGUCAAGUUUCUUCACGACCAGAACAUCGUCCACCGGGACCUGAAGCCUGAGAACAUCCUCUUAGACGACGAGAUGAACAUCAAACUCACGGACUUUGGCUUUGCUGUGCAAGUCAAGCCGGGACAGAAGCUCAAAGAGGUGUGUGGGACCCCUGGUUACCUUGCUCCAGAGAUCAUCGAGUGCUCCAUGGACGCAGGGCACGCAGGAUAUGGUACUGCUGUGGAUAUAUGGAGUUCAGGGGUCAUCAUGUACACGCUGCUUGCAGGCUCUCCGCCCUUCUGGCACAGGAAACAGAUGCUGAUGCUGCGUAUGAUCUUAUCUGGGAACUAUGAUUUCUCGUCUCCAGAGUGGGAGGACCGCUCAGACACUGUGAAAGAUCUGAUCUCUCGGAUGCUGGUGGUGGACCCAAAACAGCGAUACACAGCUACCGAUGUUCUCAACCACUCGUUCUUUUCACAGUAUGUGGUGGAUGAAGUACGACAGUUCAGUCCAUACAGGCGCUUCAAGGUUAUUUGUAUGACUGUUCUCGCCACAAUGAGAAUCUACUGCAACUACCGCCGUGCCAAGCCGGUCACCAAGGAGGUGAUCAAGAGCGACCCGUACGCUGUCAAGCCGAUCCGCAAGCUCAUCGACGCAUGUGCUUUCAAGAUCUACGGCCACUGGGUCAAGAAGGGCCAAACUCAGAACAGAGCAGCACUUUUCGAGAACACUCCCAAAGCCAUCCUGCUGUCGAUAACCGCUGAGGCAGACGAGCCGGUCCAGCACAUCUGGUAACGAGCACUUCAGGAUCGACCCGCUGGAGCUUAAUGGAGGUGCACUUCUACACUGUUUAUCUUCUCCUGUUGUAUAGAGGAAAUGAACUGGUAAGCCACUACUACAAGGCACCAGGUUGAUUUGUCUUUAAUGUGGAGAGUUAUGCUCAUGAAUUUUGAAAUGUGGGAUUGAUUUACCUCAAUUUGUUCCAAAACUUAUUAUUUCUGUCCUAAAUGUGGAUUAAAAUUACUGUAAAAAUAACAGAUUUUCUGGCAAAAUGUAGAGAAAAUAUUUAAUUUCAAAUGAACCCGCUCUCUCCUGAGUUCUUUGAUUACCAUUUUUCAAACAUGGAUACAAGGUUUCCACUUUAUAUUUUACUAUAUGAAAUAUAAACAAAUGUUUUGUUCAAGAUUAGAAUAUAGAUUUGAAUUUCAAAUUAUGUUUGUGAAAUCACGAGUUUCUGGUUCUAUAAGCAUUACGUUACUCUUUUCCUUACAAUCGUGUUGUCAGAACUGUGAAGCAUCGUCUUAGCAGCUCAAAGCAAAACGUGUGUGGAAAAACAGCCCACAUAAUUUUGCUGACUGGUACAUAAAACAGUGAACCUGCAUACUUGAAUUGGCAUGGCCUUUAUUGUUUGCGUACUGCGUGGCGGUAGAUUAUUAUGCAGGAUGUACGUUACUGUACUGAACUACUUAUUGUACUGGCAGCAGUUUCAAGGGAAGUUUUAAAGACGAUAGCACUUUAAAAUGUAUGCUUUGGAUUUAUUUAUUAAAAUGUGCGUUUAAUUUAAAA